UCUUCCUGUUUCUCUCUCAGCACCAGCACAGUUAGUUUCCUCUAAGUGCUAUGAGUCGGCCAUACAUCACAUUUGAUCCAGUUUUUCGGUGGACGGAGUAAAAUCAUCUAUCUGUUUCUUCAAAUUAAAAUCUUCAACAUUCAGCCUUUUAUCACUGAAGGUCAAUAGGUCAAUUCAACCUCGGCCGGUUUCAACAGGAGCUUGUUUUCAUGAUGAAUGUGUCCCAGAUGAUUGAGACAGAGGAGGAUCUUCUGACUUGUCUCCACAUCAAGCUUUACCACCCUCAGCAGAGUUGUAAGGGCCUUUACGGGCUAAUUCCUUUGGGGACCAGGAGCAGACACUCAGCUGAGGACUCUGUCAGACUGGGACGUGAGGCCCAGGCCUGCACCGUCGCCCUAGUCGACACCCGGGUGUCCCGCAAACAGCUGGCCCUCCAAGCCUACCGCACACCCAAUAGCCCAGACAUGCUGUUCAGCAUCCAGAACUUGAGCAAAAGGGGACGACUGUCAGUGAACAGCUCAGCGCUGGACUACCUGGAAAGGAUGGAUCUCCCAGAUAAGGCCCUGAUCCGGUUCGGAGAGUAUGAGAUGCUGAUCAUCCGCGAGUCUGGCGAGGCCAAGGGAAGCUUCGAGGUGGAGUACGAGGUGCUGACAAUGCCUCCGUCCAGAGAGACUGGCAUGUGUGUGCCUAGUAUGACACCUGUUAUGGAUACAGGGUCAUGUGUGAUGAACAGUUUUCAAGAACUCAGAAUAAUUGGCCCCCUUGAGACUGAUGAGACUGUCAUAUGUGGUUCCGGAUGUUGAGACUUUUUACUUUCUUACUGACUACACAUUGCUGUGUAGUUGUUAUAGUGGAGUUAAAGCAUGCUUGUAUAGGUUCCUUCUUUGUAAUGUGAAAUUAUAGUAUUAUUCUGCACCCUUUAUCUAUUACUCCAUGUCUAUAGAUUUAAAAAAACAAACUGUGAUUUGAACUGCGAGUUAUUUGUUUCUACAUUUUUUUACUUGAGCACAUUAAAUUGUCUUUUUGUGAA